AUGGCCUCUGCACUGUGGAGGAGUCCGGCGUUUCGCUGCCUCCUGCUCCUUCUCUUUUGCUUUCACUGUUCACAAGGGUUCAGCCGUGCAGUGCACUCCAUGCCUUUCGGGCUGGUCAGGAGAGAGCUCUCAUGUGAAGGAUAUGCAAUUGAUCUCCGCUGCCCGGGGAGUGAUGUCAUUAUGAUCGAGACGGCCAACUACGGCCGCACUGAUGACAAGAUCUGUGACGCUGACCCAUUCCAGAUGGAGAAUGUCAACUGCUACCUCCCUGAUGCUUACAAGAUUAUAUCACAAAGGUGCAACAACCGUACGCAGUGUGUGGUUGUCACUGGCUCUGAUGUCUUUCCUGAUCCAUGCCCUGGCACCUACAAGUACUUAGAGGUCCAGUAUGAGUGUGUUCCCUAUAAAGUGGAGCAAAAAGUAUUCAUUUGUCCUGGGACUCUGAAGGCCGUAGAAGCUGCCACCUUUGUGUUUGAGGCUGAGCAGCAAGCAGGGUCCUGGUGCAAAGACCCGCUGCAGGCUGGAGACAAAGUCUUCUUCAUGCCCUGGACGCCAUACCGCACUGACACCCUCAUCGAGUACGCCUCUUUGGAGGACUUUGAAAAUGGUCGCCAAACGACGACCUACAAACUGCCGCACCGAGUGGACGGGACAGGCUUCGUUGCUUAUGAUGGUGCUAUUUUCUUUAACAAAGAACGCACUCGUAACAUUGUGAAGUUUGACCUUCGCACACGCAUCAAAAGCGGUGAAGCAAUUGUAAACAAUGCCAACUAUCAUGAUACCUCCCCUUAUCGCUGGGGUGGCAAAACGGACAUUGACCUUUCGGUGGAUGAGAGGGGGUUGUGGGUAAUCUACGCCACAGAGCAAAACAACGGACGCAUAGUGGUGAGCCAGCUGAACCCGUACACGCUUCGCUUUGAGGGCACCUGGGAAACGGCGUACGACAAGCGCUCAGCCUCCAACGCCUUCAUGGUGUGUGGCGUGUUGCACGUAGUCCGCUCGACCUACGAGGAAAACGAGAGUGAGGCCAGUCGCAGCCAAAUCGAUUACAUCUACAAUACCAAGCUAAACCAAGGCGAAUACACCGACAUCCUUUUCCCUAACCAGUACCAGUACAUCACCGCUGUGGAUUAUAACCCCAGAGAUAACCAGCUGUAUGUGUGGAAUAACUUCUACAUCCUGCGCUACGACCUGGACUUCGGGCCACCUGAUCCUGCCGAAGUUCCAACAAUUGAGGAUGUUUCACUCUCAUCAUCUAUGCCCAAAUCUACCACGGUGUUCACUACCACAACUAUGCCUGCCAUGAGGGGGCACGGGGACACGACGAUAGCAGGGGCAGAUCCAAGAGAGGGAAGAAAUCCUUUUGAGGACAACCACAGCUCCGUAACAUCUGAACCCACCGUCCCUGAGCUGCCUCCGACGCCCAGACGCUUUUGCGAGGCCACUAGGAGGAGAGCCAUCGACUGGCCCCAGACACACACCGGGACCACCAUCGACAGACCCUGCCCCAAAGGAACCAGGGGCGUUGCCACUUUCCUCUGCACCGUGACAGGAACAUGGUGCUCCAAAGGGCCAGACCUCAGCAACUGCACCUCCCAUUGGGUGACUCAGGUGGCACAAAAGAUCCGAAGUGGUGAAAAUGCAGCAAAUUUAGCCAACGAGCUGGCUCGACACACACAGGGCCCGGUGUUUGCCGGAGACAUCAGCUCCUCCGUGCGCCUGAUGGAGCAGCUCGUGGACAUCCUGGAUGCUCAGCUUCUGGAGUACAGACCAAACGAGAAGGACUCAGCUGGACGCAGCUUCAACAAGCUUCAAAAAAGAGAGAAGACAUGCCGAGCGUACAUGAAGGCGAUUGUGGAUACUGUUGACAACCUCCUGAGACCGGAAGCACUGAAAUCCUGGAAAGACAUGAAUUCCACCGAGCAAACGCACGCCGCCACCAUGCUCCUGGAUACCCUGGAGGAAGGAGCGUUCGUCCUAGCAGAAAACCUGAUCGAGCCGGCCAUCGUAAAGGUGCCUGCUGAGAAUAUCAUGCUGGACGUGUACGUGCUGAGCACUGACGGUCAGGUGCAAGACUUCAGGUUUCCCCAGUCGAGCAAAGGCGGAGCGACUCUUCAGCUUUCCUCCAACACAGUGAAAGUUAACAGCAAAAAUGGUGUGGCAAAGCUGGUGUUUGUGCUCUACAAACACUUGGGUCAGUUCCUCAGCACCGAAAAUGCCACACUAAGAGGAAUGGGAGACCUGAACAAGCACAACCUCUCCCUCACUGUUAACUCCCACAUCCUGUCAGCUUCCAUCACAAAGGAGUCCAGCCGUGUGUUUGUGGCCGACCCAGUGAUCUUCACACUGGAGCACCUGGAUAAGGAGCACUAUUACAACCCCAACUGCUCCUUCUGGAAUUACUCCGAGCGAAGCAUGAUGGGCUACUGGUCCACUCAGGGCUGCAAACUGUUAGACACUAAUAAGAGCCACACCACUUGCUCAUGCAGUCACUUGACCAACUUCGCCAUCCUCAUGGCUCAUCGGGGAAAUGUGAGGGAGGGGAGCGUGCAUGAGCUCCUUCUUACCGUCAUCACCAGGAUGGGCAUCGCCGUGUCUCUGGUCUGCCUGGCCAUCAGCCUCUUCACCUUCUGCUUCUUCAGAGGUCUGCAAAGUGACCGCAACACCAUCCACAAAAACCUCUGUCUCAACCUCUUCAUCGGAGAGCUUCUCUUUCUUGUGGGCAUCAACAUGACAGAACCGAAGCUGGUGUGCUCCAUCAUCGCUGGAAUCCUCCACUUUUGCUUUCUGGCUGCCUUCACCUGGAUGUGUUUGGAGGGCGUGCAGCUCUACCUCAUGCUGGUCGAGGUCUUCGAGAGCGAGUUCUCACGCAAGAAGUACUACUACCUCGCCGGCUACCUCGUCCCCACCGUGGUCGUGGGCGUCUCAGCAGCCAUCGACUACAUGAGCUACGGCACACAGCGGGCCUGCUGGUUGAGAGUGGAUAACCAUUUCAUCUGGAGCUUCAUUGGACCUGUGACCUUGAUAAUUGUGGUCAAUGUCAUCUUCCUGGUGGUGACGAUGUACAAGAUGGUGAAGCAUUCCACCUCCAUGAAACCCGACUCAAGCAGGCUGGGGGGUAUCAGGUCGUGGGUGUUGGGAGCGUUUGCCUUGCUUUGUCUUUCGGGACUCACGUGGUCUUUUGGCUUGUUCUUCCUCAACGAAUCGUCCAUUGUGAUGGCUUACCUAUUUACCAUAUUCAACACUUUACAAGGGAUGUUCAUCUUCAUCUUCCACUGCCUACUUCAGAAAAAAGUCCGGAAAGAGUACAGCAAAUGUUUCCAUCAGUCCCAGUGUUGCGGUGCACUCCCAUCUGAGAGUUCCCACAGCUCAGCCAAGGCAUCCACGUCUCGAUCCACAGCUCGCUACUCAUCUGCUACACAGAGCCGCAUCAGGCGGAUGUGGAACGACACUGUGAGAAAGCAGUCGGAGUCCUCCUUCAUCUCAGGCGACAUAAACAGCACCUCCACACUCAACCAGGGGAUGACUGGCAACUACCUUCUAACUAACCCCCUCCUCCGAACCCACGACACUAACCCCUAUAACAACCUGCUGGCCGAAACAGUGGUGUGCAACACCCCCUCUCCACCGGCUUUUCACUCCCCAGGACAGCACUCUCUCAGCAACAGCAGGGACAUCAGCGCCAUGGACACUCUCCCUCUCAAUGGCAAUUUCAACAACAGCUACUCCCUGCGCGACGACGACUAUGAGGCCGUGGGCGUUCGGCCCCCAGGUGACCUGGGGGGCCUCAACCUGGACGACGCCGCCUUCGAGAAAAUGAUAAUUUCUGAGAUUGUCCAUAACAACUUGAGGCCCCGCGGGCCUCCCAAAGUUCGCAACAACCCAAGAGAGAAGGACAGAGCCCUGCCUCCUCAAACCAGGGUGACAGUGGAUCAAGGUGGGGGUGGGAGUUGCAGCGAGGAUGACGCCAUCGUGGCAGAUCACACCGAGGCCUCGUCUCCCCAGAGAGGAGGUGGAAGAGGCGGUCAAACCACUCUGGAGUUGCUCCUUCACCCCCAUCAUAAGGAGGUUCUGGAGGCUCCCCUCCUGCCUCAAAGGACUCACUCUUUGCUCUACAGUGCCCAGAAGGCCCCGAGGCGCCUGGAGGGGCAGAACGGUCAUGGCUCUGAGGCUGUGACCGCAGUGGAGGACAUGGGCUUGCACUCCCCCAACAACAAUAGAGACUCCCUUUAUACCAGCAUGCCAAACCUGAGAGACUCGCCCUCACCUUCAGCUUCACCGUACCCGCCCGAGGAAGAGGAGGAGGAAGAGGAGGAGGAGCUCUCUCCCUCGCUUCAAAGUGAAAGCGAGGAGGCUUAUCGUAAAAGCAUGCCCGAGCUUGGUGAUGCACCGCAGCCGCUGUCCUACUACCACAUAAACCGAGGUACGAGCGACGGGUGCAUCAUCCCACCCAACAACGAGGACUGCCCACAGGAGGGGGAGGCACCAAGCGAUGGACAAAUGCAGCUCAUCACCAGCCUCUGAGUGGGACAUCUUUGCACAUCUUUUUUUCAGCCGAGUACUUUUUCCACUGGCGCGAGGAGAGCCCGUGAGCCAUGCUGUGCUCACGCCCUUCCUGUCAGGGCAGGAAGUGAAAACGUCCUGAGUGGGGAUUAGGAGUGAAUGAAUGAAUGACUUUUGCACACAGAUCUCAUUUACACAUGAACACGUCCAACUGAGGCCUGACGGCUGUGAACUGUGGACACUCUGCUGUUGGGACUAAUGAGGUGCAGAUAACACACAGUCAAGGAGAUAAAUCUGGCCUUUCUGUUGUACUGAGAGAAAAAUCAGAGUAAAAGAUUAAAAAAGAAAAAACUCCAGGCGAAGAACCAUGAAACUCUUGACAUAUUCCUGGGGGCUUUAUGGAACCAGGGUCUUUUUAGACAAGAAAAAGUGCAGAACUAGAACUAGUGUUGCUCCACUCCACAUCAGGACUGUAAAUUGAAGAAACCACUAAUUCAGACUCAGGCCUUAUAUUUUUCUCUAUUGCACAAUUAACUGUUGUACAAGUAACAGCUGAAAAAAAUAUAUUUUGCUGUACCACUAGUGUAAAAAGUAAAUCUAAAAAACUGAAGAAAAAAAGAAAAACGGCAAAUAUUCAGUAGUUAUGCCCUUUCAAUGUUAAGACUCUUCAGACAAGAUUAAUCAAACUGUUGGAAAUGUACUUUUUCCUCUCACACUUGACUUGUUGUAGUAUGUUUGAAUAUAAAAAGGAAAAAAAAAAAGUUUCGAGAGACAUCAGUCCAUAUGAACCCAUGCUCACGUCUCUGCUUGUGAAGUGCUUUUGCUUUCAUGAAUGAUGAGGUUUUAUUUUGCCAGUAGUAUAUUUGUUAACACCGGGCCAUGCACAGACUUACAGGAGCGAGUUGGAUUUCUGCAUAAUUUCCU